GCUCACGUGACUGUCCAGCCCGCCCCGCCCCCCGCUGCUGAAGACUUCCCCUCCCGCGGUGACAGAGCCUCUGGGUCCGGAGGUCGGUGCAGUCCUGACACCUCGCGCCUCUGCAGGUAAAUCAACAUGAUGGAUUUCUCUAAGCUACCAAAAGUACUUGAUGAAGAUAAUGAAAGCGCAUUUGGUUUUGUGCAUGGGGUCUCAGGACCUGUGGUUACAGCCUGUAACAUGGCAGGUGCAGCCAUGUAUGAGCUGGUGAGAGUGGGCCAUUGCGAAUUGGUGGGAGAGAUUAUUCGACUGGAAGGUGACAUGGCUACUAUUCAAGUGUAUGAAGAAACAUCUGGUGUGUCUGUUGGUGACCCUGUACUCCGUACUGGCAAACCUCUAUCAGUAGAGCUUGGUCCUGGAAUUAUGGGAGCUAUUUUUGAUGGUAUUCAAAGACCUUUGUCAGAUAUCAGUAGUCAAACCCAAAGUAUUUACAUCCCCAGAGGAGUAAACGUGUCUGCUCUUAGCAGAGAUAUCAAAUGGGAAUUUACACCCAGCAAGAAUCUACGGGUUGGUAGUCAUAUCACUGGUGGAGAUAUUUAUGGAUUUGUUGAUGAGAACUCACUUAUCAAACACAAAAUUAUGUUACCCCCAAGAAACAGAGGAACUGUAACUUACAUUGCUCCACCUGGGCAUUAUGAUGCUUCUGAUGUUGUCUUGGAGCUUGAAUUUGAAGAUGUGAAGGAGAAGUUCAGUAUGGUCCAAGUGUGGCCUGUCCGUCAGGUUCGGCCAGUCACCGAGAAGCUGCCCGCCAAUCAUCCUUUGCUGACUGGCCAGAGAGUCCUUGAUGCCCUCUUCCCGUGUGUACAGGGAGGAACUACUGCAAUCCCUGGAGCUUUUGGCUGUGGAAAGACAGUGAUAUCACAGUCUCUGUCCAAGUAUUCCAAUAGUGAUGUGAUCAUUUAUGUGGGAUGUGGUGAAAGAGGAAAUGAGAUGUCUGAAGUUCUCCGGGACUUCCCAGAGCUCACUAUGGAAGUUGAUGGGAAGGUAGAGUCCAUCAUGAAGAGGACAGCAUUGGUGGCUAACACUUCCAACAUGCCAGUUGCUGCUAGAGAAGCCUCCAUUUAUACUGGAAUUACACUAUCAGAAUAUUUCCGUGACAUGGGCUACCAUGUCAGCAUGAUGGCUGACUCUACCUCCAGAUGGGCUGAGGCCCUUAGAGAAAUCUCUGGUCGCCUCGCUGAAAUGCCUGCAGACAGUGGCUAUCCUGCAUACCUUGGUGCCCGUCUGGCCUCUUUCUAUGAGCGAGCAGGCAGAGUGAAGUGUCUUGGAAAUCCUGAGAGAGAAGGGAGUGUCAGCAUUGUAGGAGCAGUUUCUCCACCUGGUGGAGAUUUUUCUGAUCCAGUAACAUCUGCUACUCUUGGUAUUGUUCAGGUGUUCUGGGGCUUAGAUAAGAAACUAGCUCAGCGUAAGCAUUUCCCCUCUGUCAAUUGGCUCAUCAGCUACAGCAAGUACAUGCGUGCCUUGGACGAGUACUACGACAAACACUUCACAGAAUUUGUUCCUCUCAGGACCAAGGCAAAGGAAAUUCUGCAGGAAGAAGAAGACCUUGCAGAAAUUGUACAGCUAGUGGGAAAGGCUUCCUUAGCAGAAACAGAUAAAAUCACUUUGGAGGUGGCAAAACUUAUCAAAGAUGACUUCCUACAACAAAAUGGAUAUACACCCUAUGACAGGUUCUGCCCAUUCUAUAAGACAGUAGGGAUGCUGUCCAACAUGAUUGCAUUUUAUGAUAUGGCCCGAAGAGCUGUUGAGACCACUGCCCAGAGUGACAAUAAAAUUACAUGGUCCAUUAUCCGUGAGCACAUGGGAGAGAUUCUCUAUAAACUUUCUUCCAUGAAAUUCAAGGAUCCAGUGAAAGAUGGUGAGAUGAAGAUUAAGAGUGACUAUGCACAACUUCUUGAAGACAUGCAGAAUGCAUUCCGUAGCCUGGAAGAUUAGAACUGUGAUUUCUUUCCUCUUCUUCCUCAGCAAGUUCAUAUGUGGAUAUUUUCCUAAAUUUCUCAUCUCAAACUCUUGGCUUCUUUUUUGUGCAGCUUUGAGAUUAGUGCCUAUGUGCAUUACAGUUUGUUUUGCUGUUUAUUUGGCAAGUCUUAAACAAACAUUCCUUUGUUCCAGUGUUUGAGGGCCUUCCUGAUUCCUUAUGUGAAGUGGUGAAUGUAGUAGAUAUGAUGUACAAUAGCUAUACUACUGUAAACUUGUUUGUAUAGUGGCACCCCUCCUUCUCCUAAGUGUGUCCUUUCUUCAUCUCCAUUAAAUUAUAAACAGAACUACUGCAUGUCUGUCUCUGCAAUGGAUUUGGAAUGGAAGGCCUUUUGAAAGGGACAUUGGGAAAUGACUCAGUUUCUAUACAAGCAAAGGCAUUUGCAGCCUUGUUCAGUCACUGACUUGCAGGAAAUACUUCCUUUUAAAAACAUGGAUGAUUAAUGUUCCAAUUAUGCACUACUUCCCCAGUUGAAACUAGAAGUACUUACCAGGAACUGUUGGGAACUAUGUUGUUUCUAAAACAGGCUUUUAUGAGCCUCUGCCUAAUAGGUGAAUCCAUUCCCUCUAAAAAAAAAAAAAAAAAAAAAAACAGGUAAAAAGGAGCUAGGUAGGCAAACUUAGAGUAACAUGAUAUUCUUAAAGUAUAUUUCAUUUCACCAGGAAUAACUCCAUAUCAAAGAUUAUUAUAUAUUGCAUUACUAGGAAGUUUUUUAUAUAUUACAUUUGAAACCAUCAUCAAAAUUUAAUGCACAUCAUAUCCUCAUUUUUUCCUCAAACAUCUUAGGAGCUUCAGCUCCUAAGGUUAUAUUGCAGUGUGAUGAGCAGGAAAAUGCCAUAGGGACAACAGGAGUAGUAAGUGAGUAAAGGCUGAUUGCCUUUUUCUUUCUGAGUGCUGGUCCUGGGAUGGUACUCAGGGCCUAGGUGCUGUCCUUGAGCUUUUGUGUUGAGGGCUUGUGCUUUACCACUUCAGCAACACCUUCACUUUUGCCUUUUGUGUAGCUAAAUGGAGGUAAGAGUCACAGACUUUCCUGCCUGGGAUAGCUUGAAACCAUGGUCCUCAGAUCUCAUGUUUCUGGCUCACAAUUGUAAGCCACCAGCACCUAGCCAAGGCUGAUUGUCUUUUAAAAGACAGCUGGGCUCUAGUGAUUCUUAGGGCCAGAGUGGCAUUGUUUUUGUCAAGCAAUGACUUGAGUCGCUUUCAAAUGUUUUUUUGGCUUGCUGAAUUUUUUAACAACCAAUUUACCAAAUGAAGAAAAUAUCACUUUCAUGUGGUUUUCAUUUACUAGCUCAGGUUUCUCAAAAUAUCGAUGGCCAUAACAGCAUAUUAGUUUCCAUUCUGUGUAAUAGGGAUAAAUUAAUCUUUAUGUCUACUGAUAAUAGAAACUGGGUCAUUUGAAAACAAAAGGAUGAAUUUCAUCCUGUUCUUUAAGAAUAUGCUUAAAAAUAGUUUUCUGCAUUUGCGUAGAAAGGCACAUUGCAGAACAGCUUUGAGAGCAACUCUUUCUCAUGAACUCUUCCUGACCAAUAGUGUGGCAUCAUUGCUUCCUGUUAGGGGAGAGGAAAGGAUGUGAAUGUGUCUGCCAAUCUCCAAUAUGCAUAAGUAAUAACAUAAAUAAAAUAUUUAUUUUAUGCCUCA